AAUCGAGCGGGCCGCCCUCCCUGGCAGGGCUCGACCUAAGCUGUGUCUUGGGAGGAACAAACAGAACAACACGAAAACGAAGCACACUGUAUAGGUCGAGCUCUGCUUCCUGCUCCCUGGUUGGAUGUGAGGGUUUGCGCGUCGUGUCGCACAUCCUUGCCGACUGGCGCGCUCAUGUCGUCGAAGAAGGCGUACCUGCUCGCUUACAACGGGGCCUGCUGCGCCGGCUGGGCGUACUGCACCUUGCGCGCCGCGUCCCUGGUGGCCUCCGGCGCGGAGCCCGGCCGCGUGUGGGAGGCGUGCGGCCAGGUGCUCACUGUGUUCCAGACCCUCAUGGUGGCAGAGAUCGUCCACUCGAUUAUCGGCCUGGUUCCGAGCCCCGUCAUGACCGUAGUGAUCCAAGUUGGCUCUCGCAUAUUUGUGCUCUGGGGGCACACGGCGAUGGUGCCGGAGUGCCAGCAGCACUGGUCGUCCAGCAUGAUGAUGAUUCUCUGGGGUAUUGCUGAGGUGGCGAGGUACCUCUUCUAUUUCACGAAUAUUUUGGGAACGGUGCCAUAUCCCAUAUUCUGGUUGAGAUAUUCGUUAUUCAUAGUGCUGUACCCCACGGGCAUCAGCGGGGAGAUCAUGCAGGUGCUCAUUGCCAUGGGCGCGCACUGGAAGACGAGCUUCCCGCUGUGGUACCGGAUAUGCAUCAUCGCCCUCUUGCUGGGCUACGGGCCAGGCAGCCCCUUUAUGGUCUGGAACAUGUGGGUCACCCGGAAGCGCAGCUUCAAGAAGCUCGCCGCCUCCAAGGCCCCGAAGCAGGCUGUCGCGGGCGUGGUCUGGCCGCUGACGAAGGCCGGCGACCGCUCCUCCACCGCGACCAAUCGCGGCAUCCUGGCGACGGCCGUGGCCGCGGGGCCAGGAGGCGCGGAGGCAGCCGAGAAGGUCCGGAAGGAGAAGAACUGGCGCUUCGGCUACGGCAAGCACUUCAGGGCGCACGUGUCCCGGUGCCUCGAGUCUGCCGACGGCUGCCUUGCCAUGGCGCGCGCAGGCCUGGCGUCCGCCCAGGAGGAGUUCCGCUUCGUGCGGGAGGGGCACCCGGAGACGUCCCUCCAGGA